UGAGAAUUAGAUCAUAAUUAAAAAUGGGAUAACAAUGUGAUAAAUGUUAAUUAACCAAUGGAAUAAAAAGUGAUGAAGUCAAUAGAAAUGAUUAAUUUAGUUCAGAUUCUGAUCCAGAAUAUGAUGAAGUUGAUGAAAAAAAACCAUGUAAUUUAGUUUUUAUUCUUAGAAAAGCCUCCUUCAUUAGACAACAAAUCUAACUCAUCCACUUUUUACAAAGAACAAUAUAAUACAUUGUUUUCAAAUUAAGGAAAGGAUGAAGUCGACAACGUCUAGACUUAAUUGAAUCUCCAAGAUGGUUCAACCUACAUAGGACCUAUUGUAAAUGGUAAAGCAAAUGGUCAUGGUCAAUUGACUGCUCUCAAUGGCGAUGUUUAUGAGGGAAACUUUAUAGACAAUCUUUUGGAAGGUUAAGGAAAGUGCAUCUACAAACGAGGUCCAACAUAUACAGGAGAUUUCAAAGCAGGAAAACCUGAUGGGAAAGGCAAAGAACUGUGGUUAGAUGGAUCAGUAUAUGAAGGAGAAUUCAAAAAUGGAAAGAAGAAUGGGCGUGGUUAUUAUAAAUGGAUUUAAUAAAGUGUUUAUGAAGGGUAAUGGGUAGAUAAUAUGAUUUCAGGAGUUGGAAAGUAUGAAUGGUUAGAUGGUAGGGUAAUUUAUGAAUUUUAUUUGCAAUUAGUGUUAUUUAGGUUAAUGGUCUAAAAAUUAAAUGCAUGGCAGAGGUCUGUAUAAAUGGAAGGAUGGGAAGUAUUACGAUGGUGAGUAUAAAUAUGAUAAAAAAAGUGGAUUUGGAAUAUUUUAUUGGCCAGAUGGUCGACAAUAUUAGGGAUAUUGGUUAGAUGGUAAAUAGCAUGGAAAAGGAUUGAUGAUAAGUAAGGAUGGGAAAAAGAAAUUUGGAAAUUGGUAAGAUGGGUAAUUGAUUAACAGUUCAGAAGAAUUAGAUUAUCAACUCAUUCCAGAUGGAUGGUUUCUAAACUCAUAUAAUUAUUAAUGA